AUGCCUUCUGGGGAUGCUCCUUCCCCACAACAUAAGUCGUCUUCAUCAGCUUUUGCAGAUGUCUUCAAGACAUUAGCAAGUGGCCGUCCAAAAUCGCAAUCGCCCCUACCGGAUGGAAACAGCAUUGGUGAAGCCUUGCCACUGGAGAUGGAAGGCCGGAGGGGUAGUCGAGUCACAUUCGGUUUCGAGUCGUUGCAUCGCGGGGGUGGUUUGCCAGCAACCGUUCCAGACGCUCAAGAACCCCCAAAUUACGAGACAUUGCAAAAAGGGAUUUCGCAUGAAUAUCCAAUUGCCAGCGCUCUUGAGGUAGCAGAAACUGCUGCUCGUUCCUUACACUACUUCAAUGCGGAACAGGCCUUAUCUCUUUGGGAAGCGGGCAGCUAUCUUAUCGACUGCUCUAGCUCGGCAGACGCUCGAAAAGCUGGCUCUAACCUUCUAGAAGCCAUUUGUCGUCGACAAGAUCUUACUUUGCCUGCCCGUCAAAUUCUCUUCCAUUGCGUUUCUCAAUCCUUCCCGCCAGACGUCAUCCCGGCUCAAGUAAACGCUUUGAUCUCAUUGUCGGACCAUGGGAGGAAGUUGGAUUUUACGGAUAAACCGGUCUUGCCCACCAUUGCUUCUUGGAUAGUUCCACUAUAUAAUGCAGUUGCCUCAGCACGUUCGAGAUUGAAGAAGUCAAAAACUGCCCGCCAAAACGGUGUAGGAUUAAGUGAGGCCAUUUUGGGAGAUCUAUUUCAAUUGGUCGUUGAUAUUAUUACUCUGCAGCGCCACCCUCCAAAUAAAGAGGAGCUCGAGCUACUCCUAGACCAAAUUUUUAUUAUUUGCAAGCAAACAACUGCAGCACAUGAUAUAAAAAACUCACUUUCUGUUUUUGACGCGAUAAUCCACACAUCGGACAUUCCCGACUCAAGUUUCAACGGCCUGUUGGAGGUGCUGUGCAGCAUUCAUGCAUCCGUUAAGUCUUUGGCUGGCCCUACAUCACGAGCAGCCCGUAAUUUGGCGAAAUCACGAAAGCAAUCAGAGAUGGUUUCCUUGUUGCAUACUUUCCUUCUAGAAACAUCGGAACGUCAAGAUCGAAAUCUCAAUGUGACUCGUGGUGCAGUGGAUAUAUUUAGAGAUUUGCUUGCGGCCUAUGACCAAGGUGGAAUGCCAACCAUAUCCUUUGACAUGCUUAUCGAGUCUCUCCUGAGCGCCGCUAAAAGACACGACGGACGUAUUAAUACCGAUAUUUUGGACGUAUGCUUGAGUAUGAUACAGGGAGAAUAUACCUCGACGACUUUGCAACAUCCUUGGUCUGAUUUCAUCCGCCUAAUCCUCACAUGUUCUCAGAUGGUCUUAGAUGCUCCUGUGCUACCCAAUAGUCCUGACCCAGCUAUGCGACAAAAUUCACCCCAAAAGAUCAAUGCGGUUGAUGAUUUGCAGUUAAAUAUAUCUGCAAAUAUCUGUCGUAUCCUCACCACUAUCGAGUCUCUUUGGCCAAAAUUGGAUGUGCAACAGCGAUUAGAUUCAAGCAAUCUCUUCGCUACGGCGCAUUCCCACUUAAACCCAUCUCAAGCCCGCCUUUACUUCGACUUUUGCAAAUCUGAACGACUUGGUUGCCCUGAACAUCCCGAGUGGACUCGUUUCUGCCGAGAGCUUGUUGACAAUUUCAUUUUACCACAGGAUAAAAAAGUGGAUGUCCGCAUGCAGGCGCUUAGCACAUUUGAAAAUGCUUACACAUCCGAUAAUGCCGCCCACUUAUUUCACAAAGAAGGGUUUUUACAGUCCCUCUUUGCUAAAUUUACGGAAGAACGUUCAUAUCAUUUCCUCGAUGCAUUAGUGUCAUUUUUAGUAAAGACAUCGGACAACUACAAUAAGGAUACUUUUGCGAUUUUAGUGGAAACUCUUGGCUCACCCAUGACAAAAGAUGAGGACAUCAUCGAGCAAAUAUCACCAAUAUCAUCUCCAGCGCCUUCUCAUUCCAUAUCAAGACCUGUUUCGUCCACAAAUGGGUCAGAAACGUCACUGUCCAAUGUUGCGAUUACGGGCUUGGUCAGAAUAUUCCUCAAAUCGUUGAAGGACGCACCAGUAAAUGCUGGAAUUAUAUAUGAGAAGCUGGUGGGCAUCGCCCAAUCACGAAAGAGGCCGACUGACUCCCGGCUAACUGCUCUCAAAUUGCUUUUCCGGCUACGUUGCGACUCAGCCGGCUCUAUAUAUGUGACUUCUGCUACUGAGAAUGAAUUUUUGAUUGCUGUGUUAUGUCGGACAACGGACCUUUCGUCCAGGGCAAGUGUCAGUGAAGAGUCUCCCUCAGAGCGUACGACGAAGCCAGAGGAGAAUCCACCUUUAAAUCAGAGUGGUAGAUUUUCUCUGAAAGAUACAGGAUCCGGAUCACUUUCCACCUCCAGUGUACGGAUAACCACCCAAAUUCGCUCGUUAAAAUUGACUCCACCCGUUUGGACUUAUACAGAGCCAAAGGGCCUGCCUGAAGAUCCCCUACCGUUCGCCAGCACCCACACCGUUGCCUAUUUGAAUAAGACACCUGAGCGGCCGGGUGAGGCACGAAAAAUUCCUCUUAAGAUAAAUUUAUGGUUGGAAACGAUCAUAUCACUAUUACAACAGGAGAAAGACUGGGAUAUUUAUAGCUACCUGCUUGCACAUCUAGGACCCCAACUAAUGAAUAGGGACCUUUUCCAGAGUUCAAUCCCUCAAAUAAAGCUCCUUCGCAGCGUCCUCUGUUCUUGGGAAGGAACCUCACGUCGUUGUAUACAUGCUUUGUCUGUUUGCUGCCAUGAGAUCCCCCUUUCAGUUACCAAGGCUCUAAACCCCAUACUCGAUAAGAUGUCAAAAAUAAUCACUCGAUCCAAUAUUGCUGUUCACAUUCUUGAGUUUCUGGCGUCGCUAGCUCGAUUGCCUGACGUUUACGUCAAUCUACGGGACCAAGAAAUUCGACCCUUAUUCGGGAUUUGUGUCCGAUUUAUUCAAACCUCGAGGGAGAGAUAUAGAUCCGGCGAUUCUUUGAACCUUAGGUCGAGUUCGUUACCAUCGCGGCUAAGUGGAGGGCUGAAAGAAUUAGCUUCAACCCAGUCUGCAGAAUUUGUAGAUUCCACAAAUGCUGAUGACCUCUCGAGAUACGUUUACAUUUUAACAUACCAUGUCAUGGUAUUCUGGUUUCUUUCUCUCAAGCUCCAAGAUAGAGUGAAUCACGUGAAUUGGAUUUCCAAGCGGCUUAUCUUCACGGACGAACACGGGAAUGACGUCGUUGAUGAGCAAAGCCAGGUCUUAAUCGAUUUUAUGCAGCGGGUAACCUUCUCAGACUUGGGAGAUACAAUCCCAUUUGAGAAAUUCCCACCUUCUGACUCAGACGGACCUGUUAUCAAAAAAUCUUGGGUUGUUGGAAUGAGCAUUGUUACAAUUGAAACCGCAGGUGUGAGUGGAUUAACUCAAAUUACGAAGCGACAAGCGUCAGGAACAACAUACGCUAUUUAUCAACAACGAACUGCGCCGGUUCUUCCGCACCAAAUACCAACUCACCCUGGAUCGCAUUCACUCAGCGACGACCGGUUUUCGCGGACGGCGAUCUUCCCGAGUCAUGUCCUCCUUCAGAUGACAACUACUGCCAUGCCAAUUCCAACUAGUAUGCAGCCUAUACCACUACCAGAGGAUGACUUCACUCGCCGGGCAAUUAGUUCAUUCGACAGGAAUGAUAUUGUAGACGGACACAAAAUUGGUGUUAUCUACAUCAGCGAUGGUCAAACCAAAGAGGCUGAAAUUCUUGCAAACGUUGGGGGAAGUCCGGACUAUGAUUAUUUCCUCUCAAACCUUGGAACAAAGGUCGCCAUAAAGGAUGCUAAAUUCAACACCCAAGGAUUACACAGCGACACGGAUGGCGAAUAUACAUAUGCAUGGCGCGAUCGAGUGACAGAAAUUAUUUAUCAUGUUGCGACAAUGAUGCCCACAAAUCUCGAGGCUGACCCUCAGUGCGUAAAUAAGAAAAGACACAUCGGCAACAGUUUUGUGAACAUCAUCUUCAACCGCUCCAAUCUUUCCUUCAACUUUGAUACCAUCCCAUCCCAAUUCAAUUUCGUCAAUAUCGUAAUCAGCCCCGCUUCCCGAAUCAGCCCUACUCACAAACCUGACUCUGAGCAAAUAUCCCCCGAUACCCCUGAUUUCAGCAGAGCCUUCUACGUCGUCAAGGUUAUGACAAAGUCGGAUUUCCCAGAUCUGUCCCCUUCCGCAAUACCCAAAGUUAUCUCCGGCAAGAAUCUAGCUGCCUUCGUCCGCAUCAUCGCACUCAACGCUUCUUUCUACUCGCUAGUUUCAAGCCGUGAUUCAGGCGAGCACCUCUCGUCUUGGCAUAACCGCCUCCGGGAGAUUAGGCGGCUACGGGAUCGUGCGUAUGCAUCUGCGGCAGCAUUGACACCUGGUGGUGUGGAGGGCACUACCGAUGGUCCAAGUGAAAGCGCCUCGUAUGCGUCACACCGGCGGAAUACGAAACCUAUAAUUCAGCCUGAAGAGAUGACCACCCAUGUUGCUGGAAGGCCUAGCACUUCCUCGGAAUGGGCACCUCAACCAGAUACCAGCGUAUUCUCAAAGGUGGACUUUUCGCGAUGGAGUCGAUGA